AUGUCAUCCUCUAGUGGUCUACUGACUGAAGAGCUUCAGUGCUCUAUAUGUCUGGAUGUGUUCACUGAUCCAGUCAGCACUCCAUGUGGACACAACUUCUGCAAGACCUGUCUGAAUAAGUGCUGGGACAACAGCCAGACCAGCAGCUGUCCUUACUGUAAAGAAACAUUCAACCAAAGACCUGAUCUCAAGAUUAAUACCACACUCCGAGAGGUUGUAGAUCACUAUAAGAAGAAAACACCUGAGAAAAAACCUGAAGUUCUGUGUGACAUCUGUGAGGAAAGAAAGCUGAAAGCCCUAAAGUCAUGUGUGGUGUGUCAGAGCUCUUACUGUGAAACUCAUCUGGAGCGUCAUUUGAGAGUGGCAGGUUUAAAGAGACACAAACGGAUGGAGCCUGUGAGUAAUCUGGAGGACUAUAUAUGUCAGACACAUGAGAGACCUCUGGAGCUGUUCUGUAGAGAUGAUCAGACAUGUGUGUGUCCGAUGUGUGCUCUGACAGACCACAAGAACCACAACACUGUUCCUCUAGAAGAGGAGAGUGAAGAGAAGGUAGAAACUCAACUGAUGAAGACACAGAAAGACAUGCAGCAGAUAAUCCAGGAGAGAAUCAAGAAGAUUCAAGACAUUAAACUCUCAGCAAAAGUUAGAAAGAGAUGUCAGACUGAACUGCUGGAGAUGAUGGAGGAGCAGCAGAAAGCAGCAGAGAAAAAGGAGGAAGAGCUCAUUGAAGAGCUGGAGCAGGAGAUCACUGAGCUAAAGAUGAGAAACACUGAGUUGGAGCAGCUCUCACACACUGAAGAUCACCUCCACUUCCUAAAGAUGUACUCAUCCCUGUGCAGCCCUACAAACACCAGGAACUGGCCUGAGAUCAGUAUGAAGACUUGUGUGAGUCUGGAGACUCUGAGGAGAGCUCUGACUCAACUGCAGUACACUCUAGAUGAGAAAUUCACAAAAACUGUCUCUACAGAGCUGAAGAGGAUGCAGCAAUAUGCAGUGGAUGUGACUCUGGAUCCUGAUACAGCUCAUCCAAACCUCAUCCUGUCUGAUUAUAGAAAACAAGUGAGAUUUGGAGAGGUUAGUCAGGACCUCCCAGACAAUCCAGAAAGAUUUGAUUCAUGUGUCUGUGUCCUGGGAAAGGAGGGAUUCUCCUCAGGGAGGUUUUAUUUUGAGGUGCAGGUGAAGGGAAAGACUGACUGGGAUUUAGGAGUGGUCAGACAAUCCAUUAACAGGAAGGGAAAGAUUGCAGGCAGUUCCAGUGACGGAUACUGGAUUGUUAUUCUGAGGAAUGGCAAUGAAUAUAAAGCCUUUGCUGGUCACUCUGUCUCUCUGUCUCUGAGGGUAAAGCCGCAGCGGGUCGGUGUGUUUGUGGAUUAUGAGGAGGGUCUGGUCUCCUUUUAUGAUGUGGAGUCCUGCUCUCAUAUCUACUCUUACACUGAUCAGUCUUUCAUUGAAAAACUCUAUCCAUUUCUCGGCCCAUCAUUUAGCAAAAAAGGUAAAAACUCAGCCCCACUGAUCAUCACACCUGUCAAUUACAAUAAAUGAA